AAGGUUAGUGAAGCCGCCCUCCACCUUUCUGUUGUUUUUGUUGCUGCAUAACUUCCUUACCUAUUGACUCCACCUGCAAAAUUCCCCUGACAUCACCAGGAAGCAAAGCUAGGCUUUUAUAAGACUCCUCUCUGACUUCUUGCCACUCAACAACCAAACCGCUCUUACUUGUUAGUUCACCAGACAAAACAUCAACAUCAUGGAUUCACUAGUUUCUGAAUAUCAGAACCGCCAAAGGAUCAAGGAAGUUGAGAACUCCUUCGGUCCUUCAGCGCCGCAGCUUCUCACACCAGGUCGAUUUCUGAAAGGCGAGGGCCCCCUGAUGAAGCAGGGCCGCAAGAAGUGGGAGCAGAAAAUGUUCUUCCUCUUCAACGACAUCCUGGUGUACAGCAGCGUCCUCAUGAACAACCGCUGGUACAAGAACCCCAAGAUCCUCCCGUUAAAGGACAUCAAGCUGGACGACAUGGAGGACUUUGAUGACGUGAAGCACCAGUGGCUGAUCUGCACACCUCGCAAGUCCUUCCACGUGUCGGCCUCCUCCGGCGAGGAGAAGAGAGCCUGGAUGCAGCACAUCGAGGCCUGCCAGAAGACCCUGCCGCAGGAGCCGGUCCUCCAAACAAACACAACCUACGCCAAAUCCUGGAUCCCCGACCGAGCCGCUCAGAAGUGCAUGCGCUGCUUCGCCACGUUCACCGGCAUCAACCGGCGACAUCACUGCAGGAAGUGCGGCUUCGUGGUGUGCAACGCGUGCUCCAAGGGCCGGGCCCUCAUCCAGCACAUCAACCCCAACAAACCGCUGAGGGUCUGCAGAGUCUGCAACAAAACGGAGGACGACCAGACCUCCCGCCUGAGAGGAGGCAGCUCCGGCCUGUGGGAUGAAACAUCCAGUGAUGAAGAGUGAACACUGACCGAUCCUCCUGUAGUAACCAAACUGUAGGCGGUGAGACAGAAACCUAAAGCCAGCCGUCCCCCUCCUUUGGAGAAAAUGUAGCCAUUAAACUGUAUGGAGUUGAUAUUCAGAGAGAAUCUGAAAUCCUGGAUGUGUGGAAGAGUUGAGCAGAACAGAGCAGGUGAGGGAGAGGAAGGACACCAAUCAGUGUCACCUGAGUUUAACAUGAAUGUGUUGAUAAGACCUGCUGGACUGGAGGAGAGAAACGCAACCGAUACAGAGUGAAGGACUCUUGAUGGAAAUAAAGAAGCUGCUAUAGAAGACAAAAAGUCAUGAAGUAUUUGAAAAGUAAAAAAUAUUGUAAGAUAUUUAUAAUAUAAAGUGUAUUGAUGUUUAUCACUGUAGAAUCUUAUAUGAAGCUAAAUGUCCUUGUGUUUCCAACUAUGUGUUGUUUUUGUUGAUGUUGACAGUUGUGCAACUAAUUGCUGCAACUUUAUCAAUAAAAAUAAAUGUCCAAUAAAUGUAAA